UUCGAAAUCGGAACAAAGGGCAUUUUUGUGAUUUCGGUGUUAUAAAGAGAGAGAAACUCAAAGAUAGAGACAGAAGAAGAAGAGAGAAGGUAUAAGCAGCCGUUUUUUCUGUUGGUAUAUGAAGGUGGUGAAGAGAGAAGAAGAAGGAGAAUGGUGACGGACCAGGAUAUAGCGAAAGGGGUGGAGUCUCUACUGCGUCACUCUGACCCAAACUCCAUAACUACGGUUAACGGUGUCGUUCAGCAGCUGGAGGCCAAACUAGGGUUAGACCUCUCUCACAAGGCCAGUUUCAUCAGAGACCAGAUCGACCAUCUUCUCCGGUCACAGCCACAGGCAUUUGUUCCUCACCCUCCUCCACUUCACAAAGACUAUUUUGCCCCUCACCCCCAACCGCACUUUCCGACCACCCACUUUCCUUCCCAUUUUGCCCUCCAUGACGAGAUCAACUUCCAGCAGCACCCCCGCGCUCCUCCACCGUGCAAAGUUGAGACCUUUCCUCCUCAAAAUGCUCACACUGUUGCCCCUCCUCAAGUGCCCAAAGAAAGUGUUCAAACUGGAGCCAAAAGAAGAGGUGGCGCUGGUGGUCUAAACAAAGUUUGUGGUGUUUCUCCUGAACUUCAGGCAGUUGUUGGUGAGCCGGCAAUGCCAAGAACUGAGAUUGUGAGGCAGCUGUGGGCAUACAUAAAGAAAAACAACCUCCAAGAUCCUGGUAACAAAAGAAAGAUAAUUUGUGAUGAUGCACUGCGUUUGGUAUUUGAGACAGACUGCACCGACAUGUUCAAGAUGAAUCAGUUGCUAGCUAAACACAUUAUCCCACUUGGACCUACAAAGGAGUCACAGGCUAAACGAGUGAAGCUGGAUGCUGAAAUUAAAAUUGAAAGUGCUGAACCUGCUUCAUCUACUGUGGUAAUAUCUGAAGCACUUGCUAAAUUUUUGGGCACUGAGGGAAGAGAGAUGCAACAAGCUGAAGCCAUAAGACUUGUUUGGGAGUACAUCAAGCUUCACCAUUUGGAGGAUCCUUUAAAUGCAAUGGUGAUAUUAUGUGAUGCAAAGCUUCAAGAGCUACUUGGAUGUGAAAGCAUUUCUGCUUUAGGAAUACCAGAGAUGUUAGCACGCCAUCAUCUAUUUAAACAGUCUGACACCUGUUAGUGCUGAUCAAUUGUUGCCAUAUAAGGGCAUGGUCAGCCCGGAAUGCUGGUUAUAUGUUUCUGCUCGCUAGAUCGUAUAGGAACUUUUUACUUAUUCAUGUAACUUCAUUUAUCUUUUUGUUCACUGAUAUGUGUAAACUGUAUGUUGUCUGACAGUUAUUAGGUUCGUUGUUUAGAAUGAGAAUGUAUACCUUGAGCUAGGCGAGAAGUAUAUUGUAUUUAAGAUUUGCCCUUGAGGUUACUCGUGCAUUUUAUUUUUAUCAGUUCUAAAUGUCUAACCUCAACUGACUGAAGGAAUCUGAACUCGAAUUUCUGAAACUUUUGUACAUUGAGAUACACCAGCUACUCUAAACUGCUCACCUUGUUUUACCAAA